AGUAGCGAAUCUUCACCUAUUCGAAAAAGUCAUUCUUGGAGCCGCUAAAGUUGGAAAAAUGCUAGAACUUCCGUUUGUUGAUUUUUGGAAAAGUGUUGGCGAUGGGUUGGCGUGAAGGAAGCAGAGGACCUUGUGACCUAAAUUUAAGCAGGUGGUUGGUCUGCUGUUGUGGAUGCGAGGGGAUUUACGCGAGAAGUGAAGGUGCUAACUGAUGAUGCUGGAUUUACUCUCUAAUAGCGAACCAAGAUGAUGAAAUGGAAGGUUGUUAAGAACCCCAGAUGUAUAUCGGCAGACCGAUCCUUGGAAUGUAUGAGGAAUAAGUAUCCAGCCCCGUACAUUAGCGAUAACAACAACAACGAACAACCCAAACAUGAAUCCAGCUCACAGAAAGAGAGCAAACAACAGGAUUCAGGGUUUACGCGGAAACCUUCCCUUGUUGCAUCAGACUGCAUCAACCUGAAGAGUUUCCUGGGUCUCACUCGCCAGAGGAGUGAGAUCAACCUCAGCAAUCUCGGCCUCAUCGGAAAUGAGACGCGCCGAAGCCGUUCAGAGGUCAGAGGCAUCAGCUGCGAUCGCCUCACCAUCGGAUACCACACGCCUAGCCCUCCAUCCGUCGGGAACAACCAACCUGGGAACGCCAGCCCACCCAACAAAUCUGGAUGCUGGUUGCGUGGCAGGAAGAAAGAAAGAGAACCGAGAAGUCAGGUAAAAGUCAGCAAUAAUGACUUCGUCGGAAAGACAGUGGUCACUGGCAGCAGCGCCAAGAGGACAAGUUCCAAAUCUUGCGAUACGAGGACAGUCGCUGAUCAGUCUGGUGGAUCGAAAACGAAAAAAUCGUCCAUCAAGCUGCCUUCGGAAAACCGUAAAAGCAAAUCCAAUAAAAAAGGUAGUAACGAAAACCUUUUGGACGAGGAUAUAUACGCAGAAAUAGGACACGUGGGUCAUCAGAAGGAGCGGUCAAUAAAAGAAAACAAGACGCCGGUCAAAGGACCGGCUAAACACACCAGGAAGAAGGGUCAAGCACCUAAACCUCAAAUUCCGAAUGUGAAUUUGAAAGAAUCGAAUUGUGAUGUGAACCUGAAUCCGAAUGGCUUUGAAACGAAAGAAAUUGGAAAUUGUUUCGUCGAGAAAAAGAAUUCACCUCAAAUUAAACCUUCGAGGAAGAUUCAGUCUGCCAACGUGAAAAAUGAAGAAAGGCAUGCCGACAAUCGAACAAACCAAACGGCGAAGAUCAAUAAUCUAAAGAAUUCGGAAGCUUUACUUACGGUGAAGAAUAAAAUAAAUUCAGAUUCGAACAUUCAAAUUACGGUCGCGGAAGUUCAUAAAAAUGUGACAAAUGACUAUGCGAUUGGAAAGAAAAAGAACUCAGACGAUACUCACGCCAUUAACCCGACUGAAAAUUCAAAACCAUUACCAGAUAUACCAGAACGUAACACAAAAACCACAACUCAAUCAAAUGACCUGGAAUGCAGCAAAGAAACGGAGAGGCUAGAAGAAAUUGAGAUAGAAAUACCUCCUUAUCGCAUAGACACACCAGAUUACUCCACCUUAGAAUCGGUAUUCGAAAAAAAUCAAAAUGAGGUUUUACCUGAUAAACGUAUUCCAGCCAUUACCAACAAAGAGGUAGCUAUUCCAGAUAGUGAAAACCUAAAUUACACUGUGAAAGACGUGCCUCCAGAUGCAAUCAAAACUACCGAAGAAUACGCCAUUUCAAGCAUACUUCGUGAUUCUUCGGGCGAAAAUAAGUAUUCUGAAUCCGAGUUGACAGCAAAAAAGAUGGUUAGAUUUGAAAAAUUAGAUUUAAUAGAGACAUACAAGAAGAACAAAGCUGAAAGUGUUAAAGAUAGCGACGAAGAUUCUGUUAUAUCGAAUUCAGACAAGAAACCCGCAGUCAAAAAAGUAUUAGAUGUCAACAGCAACGAAAUAAAUCCUUACGAGCUAGGAAAAUUGAAAUUAGAAUACUCAAACUCGUCUGAAACGGAGGUCUAUGAGAAACUAACAUGUUCAUCGUCAGACUGUGUUAGUGAAUCUUCUGCUACUUCCACAACUGAAACGGAAUACUCUCAGAAGGACAUUGUGAAUGUCCUGAUCAGGAAUCCUUCCCCGGAUAGUCAGUUAUCCAAUGGCACCGACGAGACUCAGACAGAAGAGGCACAGACUCAAUUAGUGGUUAAGAAAAGCAUAGUCUUAACAAUAGCUAAACAGGAAAAGGGAUUUAAGAGUAUGUGCGCAAGCAAGAAGCCAGAAGUUUUAAAGGUGGAAUCCCCACCCCCCAAAACUGAUCAUAAAAUUUCUGUGACAUUCUUAUGUUCCGAUUCUGUAGAAAAUGUGCCUCCACCGCCUCCCAAUAUACCUCCACUAAAUGUCCUAAGAAUGCGGUCUAGCAGUGCAAACCCUGAAAAUCAUCUUAAAAUUGAAGUACCCCCACCUCUACCUCCACCCCUUAGGGGUAGAUCAAGAGAACGUCGUUCUAAGGAUCGACAACAUUGUAAGAAAAGCCACAAAUCGAAGAAGAAAAACAAGGAGGAUGCCUUCCACAUGCCUCAAGCUGUGAUUGACGAGCUGUCACAAGUCUUGGAGAAGCGGAAACCUUCCUUGGACAAGAAGACUCCGAUGCAGGCGUCCUAAAUUUGCAAGCCUUUCCAGAAAAUUACCUGGACUUGUAGUUUCUGACAACUCGAAAUUUUCGCUGAGUUUCUUCCAUUGCACAGAAAGUCAUGCAUUACGCAUGAUCAGAGGGGGCAUAGUAUUUGAAAUAUUUUUAAAUGAGGAAUUUGUAUUUUACCCCAUGAGGUAAUAAUAUUUCAUAAAAAGGGGGUAGGAAUUGCUUCAUUUAUAUACUUUGCACCCUAUCAUCAAGAUCCUUAAAUUAGUUAUUAUGAACAAAAGAUUACCAUACAAUACAAAAAAAAAAAAAAAACAGAGAUUACAAAAUAAUAAUAAUAAUAAUAACAGCCAAUUUUAUAGUAUAGUCAGUGAUAACUCAAGAUUGUAAUGCACAAGUAAUAACAAAAACGAUGAAUAAUGCGUGUAAAAAUUUCAGAUCUUACAAAAAAUUAAAAUGGAAUGAAAUGAAACAAUUUUCCGUUCUAGAAUUUCAUUAUAUAAAAAAGUGGUUAAUAAUGCUUAGCACGUAGACUGCCAUGUCACUCAGAUUCGUGGGACAGCAAAAGUUCUCAUUCAAUGCAGAAGUUGAUGAGAGUUCAUCUAUAUUUAGUUCAUAUCUCCUUGUUUUAUGUUGUUCAAGUGUGAAUCGCUUAUGAUUCACGCCUAUUUUCGAAUUAGAUAUUUUCUUCUCUACUACAGUUAAGAGAUAGCCAAGAAGUAAGCAUCUAAUUAGAUAGUGAUCCGAAUACAGGCAUGAAUCAUGGCAGUGAACGUGUUAAAAUAAUUCAGAAUUCCGGAGUAGUUAUAAAAAUCAAUAAUUCACAAACGAAUGAGAAGAGACAGAUAUUUUGAAAAAAGUGGAAAUGAAAAAUAAUUUAUUUACUUUUCCAUGCAACCAGAAUGAUAGCAUAGUUUGUAAUUUCAACCACCAAAUGGCUCUGGAAUCAUAGAGCGAUACAUUAUAUAAGAUAAGAUAAACAGAAGAGUAGCAGCUUGCAAAUGUGCAAUGUCUCUUUCCCUAUUCAGAAACACAGCUGCCAGAUGAUGAAUCAUUUUUUUUUUCUUCUUCUUUUUUCAGCAAUAAGCAACUUUCUAAUUGUUAAUUUUUUGUUAUAUCAUCAGAAAUGGUGCUUAAUGCUACAAAAAAUUGUGAUGUCUGAAAUAACAGCAUGCUGAAUAGUUAAAAAGAAAGCUGGGACUCUGAAAAUGCCUUAUCUUGUAUAACGUACUGCAGAACCAUCUGGUGCUUUAAAUUGUAAACUAUGCCGCAAAUAAAUUUAGUCUGGUUCAACGACAAAUUAAUCUGGUUCCAUUUCCAUCUUUUCCAUACGAACUACAUCUUUUCUUCAUCCUUUUAUAAAUUAUUAAUUUUUAAAGUUCUGUCGGACUUCUGAAUCCCAUUGCUUAUUAAUUCAGUUUAAUUACAUUAUGAUUAUGUUCAGGACUAAUUAAGAAGGAAUAAUGAUGAAAGUGAUGAUCUUGAGUUUACACUGGCUACAAACAGCAAAAUGAUAAGUGCAAAAUUAUAGCAAAUUCUAAAACAAACCUUUUAAUUAAAACCUUCUCUUUUUUUACAGUUUAAAAUAGCAGACAGAACUGACAUUUCUUGUCAAAUACAUCAUCAAAGAAAUUUUUUCACAAAAUGUUUGAGUAUAUCACUUUCAAUUCUUCAAAUUGGUCUUUAAAAAAGCAAUAAUUCAAUUAAGUUUAUUUUUAAAUAUUUACAAUAUUGUUUAACACACAGAAAACACAAGCUUCACAUAAUUUUUCGAAAUUAUCUUAAAAUAUCAUUUGUUCAACACCGUGGGAUCUCUAAUCAUAUGUACAUAUCAUUUACAUUCAUGCAUGCUUGUAAAAAUGUUUCAUCUCUAUGCAUGUUUCUGGAUUAUCUUCUAGAUAAUCCAAUUAACAUGUAAUUAAUGCAAAUUAAAUUUGUAUGCAUGCUUAGAAAAUUAAGAGAAAAAGAAUUAUAAUCUUUAUUCAGACUUAUUCAGUUAAACGAAAAAUACAAAUAAUAAGACAACAGAAUUUAUUAUUUACUUACAAUUUCUUAUUGUUAAUCAUACUAGUAAUCUGUACAAAAAAUAAGAAAGAGCAAUUCCAAUUUCAUAAGUUUGUUAACUUGAGGAAUACCUUUAUAAGUUUUAAAGCUGUUGAAAUAAAAUUGCUUUCUAUAAAAGAUUAUUGUCUGAUAGGUGCUGAUAAAAACAAUAUAUUUUUAACAUUAAAAAUUAAAUAUAUCACUUUCCACAGUUCAAUAUUUGAGGUAGUAUAAAAAAGACAUUUGUUAUAAAAUAUUACAAACAUAAUAAUUUAUUUUUAUUUCAGUUAUUGAUGUGGAGAGUCAGAAUCUUUAUUUUUAUUUCAUUUGCAAGUUUCAGUUCAUUUUUCAUUCCAGUUCAUUCAUAUUACUUCCGAAUGUAUCUAGAAUGCACUGCACUAUAUUUCCUACAAAUGGACAGGAAUCAUGCAUGAUAAAGAAAAAUAUCAAUUUCCUUCAAACAUAUUUUUAAAAUAAAUAUUCAGAUCAAAGCUUUAAAUUCAGCAAUCAUGAUGCAUGAUUAUCUUAUUAUCUAAAUUCAUUUCAUAAAAUGAAUCCACUCACAGAAUUUCAAUUUGUUUUUAUGACUUUAAUAUUUUCUUAUACCAUUUUUAGUCUUUAAAUGGCCUUACAUUGCCCAGUUUAUUAAUCAUUUCAUAUCUUUUGAUAUAAUUAUUCAGUCAUCUACUGAUAUGCUUACCAAAUUGAUAUAGAAGCAAAUGAGAAAAUUAUUGCAGCAGAAAUAAUGUUGCAACAAUUUAAUACUUGCAUUCUUUUUUAAUUUUCUUAUCAUAAGCAUAUUGUGAAAAUAAAUCAGUAUUAAAAUAGUGAAAACAAUUUUUAUUUAAUACAGCAAAGGAAGACUUUUGAAUGAUAAAAACACAAAGUAAAAUCAAUGCCGCAGAAGGGAAUUUUUAAUAAACCAUGGAAGAGAAAAUGCUCAAUUCUAUGCAAGAAGGGUCCUAACUAAUACAUGAUUCAAUUUCUUAAAAUCAGCUCAAUUUUUUUCCCCAACAGAAUCAAUACAUUCUCACAUAAAAAAAAAAAACAGUUAAAGCUGUCAUAAAUGAAUUUUGACACCAUUUGCAGAUCUUACAGGAAGACAUAAAAGCACAAUAGGAUAAUAUAAAUAUAUUAGUAAUUACAGUUCUCUGCCUUGGAUCUGAACUCUAAAAUACAUGAACUCAACUCUACCAGGGAAGUUAAGAAAUGAUUGAUUUUAUUUCUAAAUAUAUAUAUUUUUAAU